GGGCCGCCAUGUGGGUGUUCGGCUACGGCUCCCUCAUCUGGAAGGUGGAUUUCCCCUACCAGGAGAAGCUGGUGGGGCGAAUCCGCGGCUACAGCCGGCGCUUCUGGCAGGGCAGCACCGACCACCGCGGCGUGCCGGGCAAGCCUGGAAGAGUUGUGACCCUGGUUGAAGAUGCUGAGGGCUGCGUGUGGGGCGUCGCCUACAGACUGCCGGCUGGGAAGGAAGGAGAAGUGAAGGCCUACCUGGAUUUCCGGGAGAAGGGAGGCUACAGGACCACCACGGUGAUCUUCUACCCCAAGGACACGUCGGUGCAGCCCUUCGACGUGCUGCUGUACAUCGGCACCUGCGACAACCCCAACUACCUGGGCCCCGCGCCGCUGGAGGACAUCGCGCGCCAGAUCCUGGGCGCCGCCGGGCCCAGCGGCAGGAACACGGAAUAUCUCUUUGAGCUGGCCAACUCCGUCAGGAACCUGGUGCCAGAGGAUGUGGAUGAGCACCUCUUCUCCCUAGAGACGCUGGUCAAGGAGCUCCUGAGCAAGCACCAAAAUCUCAACUGUCUAUAAAGUAACCCUGACAAGCUGGCUCUGCCUUGGGAGGAGAGGUUUUGUUGGGGGUGUGACUAUGGGAGGAAUGCUCCUCUGAUUAAUACUGAGUAUCUUAAUUAAUGCUGCAUUCAGAAUUAGGAGUUGGUUAACUUAAAGCAAAACUGCCAAAAUCAUUUCUUUCAGGAGGCCAGAGAAAAACAAGCAAGGAAAGCGUUCUGGGUUUGAAUUUGGUUUCUUAGCUCUUCAUCCAAAGACUACGCCUCAAGACAACCACUAAACUUCUCUUUAUGUUUUAUUAUUAUUAUUUCAGUUUUAAAAGAAAUCUUUAGAAUAUUUUUGAGGUCAAAAUCAGCAUGGAGAGACAAGUUCCACAGAUUUAAGUGAUAGUUUGCUCUGAUUCCAGACCACAAGGCAGGAAUUUUAAGUGGUUGGCCUAAAUUCUGUAAUAGAACAUUUAUAUCAACAUUCAACUCCUCUGAAAUGAAGUUAUGCCACUGAAUUAGUCAUCUCACCCUUUAUAUGUUCAUUUAUCCUUAAAAUGCAGAGGAUAAACCAUUUUAUUGUAAAGGAAGUCAUUCCUUCCCUUGGCUGCUGAUGUCAAGCCCUGAAAACCAAAGCUCUGGGCACCCUGAUUCAAACACGUCAUAAGCUAUCAGUGCCUCGUUUUAAUUUUUAAUCCUAAUAUAAAGAAUAACCCCAAAAUAUUAAAAUUAACUAAGAGCAUGACUUGAAAUCACAACACAGCAAGAAAUAGAAACUCUCAUCUCUGUUACUUCAGGUGCUGUUGUGGCCUCAUCUCUUCAAAAAUCCCAGCUCCAAGGAUAGAUUUGAGUUUCAGGGAUUCACCACCCUUUUUCCAGCAACCCAAGGGAUGUGUAUGGACAAAAGCCCCUUUUUCCAGUAACCUUAGGGGUGUGUAUGGACAUCCCAAGUGGGUUGGGAACCCCCAGUUUAGACUGGUAGGAUUCCUGAUGCACUCCCAUCAGCACAUGGAGCAUCCGUCCCAACAUAGAAUUGUCUCGCUCCUCAAAACUUUUAUUUUUAUUAACUUCUAACCGAGUAUAUUUUUAUAUUUUAAUAUCAGAGGUCCUGCUUUUCCCAUCCAGGGAAUGUAUAAGUGUUUAGUAGCAGCCUGGAAGCCUGGAUUCUGCGUCAGUAAUUGCAAAAAAAGUGUGGUUUUCCCCUAAAAAGUUUGACCCUUUGUGUUCUUUACAUCUUCCUGGUUUAUAUUUGUAAAGGUAAAAUUGUGCAAUGGCACUCUCUGCUUUCUUGAAAAUUCUUUUUAGAUGUAAAAGUUCUUUCCUCAAAGACUUACCCAAGUUUCUUAAAACAGGGCAGGAGAUGCUUGUGCUCAGUAAUGAUGCAGAACCAUCAGGGCUGAUUCCCUCUUUAAAAUGCUAAUUAUUUAAAUACUGUGAUUCUGUGUAGCUCCACAUUCUCUAACUUUAAUUGUCUCCAAGGCUCUGUUGGUUCACUUGCUUCCCAGAUCCAUAAACCAUUGCAGUAAUACACGUUCCUCUGUGUGUGUGUACGACUUCAGGUGCAAUAAAAAUGCAUUACAGUGACUUACAGGGUUGGAAAUUUCCAGAAAUGUUGUGUUUAAAGUGUAUCUGUGUGAGGAUGGACACCAAGUCCAUAUGUGUUCAUUGUGCCUCACUGUAAAACUGAUGUUGGGGCUGAGAAUGAUAAACAACACACAGUGCUGCUGCAAACCGUGGCACUUUAGGAAUUAAUUAAAGCACGGAAAAUAUAAA